AUGGCCGGCGAUCCAGGGGGGCACUUCUCCCUUGCUCGGAUUCUGGAGCCUUUGCCUGUGCAGUGCACCGCGGCUUUCUGCGACGUGUUGGCGCACGUCGAUGCCACCCUCGCCUUGCCUGUCCUGAAAUGCGUCCUGUCCGAGCAGGGUUAUGGACAGGUCGACGACACUGUGCUGGCAAACGUUCUUUGGAAGGUGCAAACAUACUUGCCGAGCUUGGUGACCAACCGCUGCCAACCAGGCAAACUGGCAGCACGUUUGAAGGAAAUGCAGGAUGCGGCUCCAGAUGUUACCCUUGUUCGCACUCCUGCUCGCCAAGGCGCGUGCCCGCACUGCGAGGGGAUCUCCCUCUGCCCGUGCCCGGGCAUCGACAAAUGCGCCCGCGGCCGAAAUUUACCAAUUUUGGAAGCCGAAGCCGCCCGCGCGGGAACGCCACCAGAGAGCAAUGUUACCGUCCGGUAUAAAAUGUAUUCGUGGACCGCUGGCGUGCAGUACGCAGUGUUUGAAGAGAGCCGGUGCCCGAAGUGCUCGCGUUUCUUCUUGGGGGGAUGGUCCUACAGAAAGAACUUUGGCGAGCGUGGUCAGCCGACGUUCGGUCGCUGCACAGAUGUCAAGUUCGCGGGCAGUACGGUUGACGACCUGUACGUGGUCAUCCCCCGGCAGCAGAGUUAUUUUGCGGUGGAGACUCAUUUCCUGCGUACAGUCACAGACCAAUUGGCGUUCAGCGGGGCCCGGUUGACUGUGGGAGAUGAUUUGACCCUUGUACAUCACACCCGCGACUGCCUUGAACUCGCGUGGUUCACGUGGCAGGCCACGCGUUUGGCCGGCGACGCAGCUAAGGAGCAGACGUGGUCUUUCGAACUGUCGCAAUUUGAUGCGACGUUAGUCCAGCUGCAGCCUGCAUUCCGCAUGGCCAACUUGAGAAGAAUAGCUUCUCACGUGGCGUCGUGCCCGCGGUGCCAGCGUUUGCUCCUGGUCAUCGGCGACGGGAAGCGCGGGGCUUGCCGCCACGUCUGCGCCGGCACUGACGGGUCCAUCGCCUAUCCAGACGUGGGCGCCACGCUGUACACGGGGUGCCGGGCGCACGUCGGCGCCGAGCUGGCGCCGGCCCCGGACGGCGGCUUCGGCUUGGAGACCCGCUACGUCGUCGAAUGCAAGACCGUCGCCAGCGACGGGGAGCUCUUCGAAUUCUCGCUCCCGCGUUCCGAAGUGCGGCAGGAUCUCCUCGCGCAGUUCGAGAUCGGCAGUCUCCCCCUUCGGAGCGACCCGCGACAGAAGUUGCAGAAGCCGCCCACGUGGAAGAGCAAAUUGCAGAAGACGCUCUGGCAUGAGGGUGCCCGCGGUUCCUGCGCCCCGCAGCCGCCGCGGAGCAGCGCCAGCGGCGGGCUCAAGAGGAGCGCGCCGCCGCGGGUCGCCGCGGGGCGCGGCGCGCGCAAGAGGCGCGCGAUGGCGGAUGGCCCCCGCGCGCUGGCAUCCACUGGGCUCAGGAAGAGCGCGCCGCAGGGGGCCGCGGGGGCGCGCGGCAAGCGCCAAGGGCAGGCGAAGGCGAAGGCCGCCCCCGCGGGGGCAGCCGAGCCGCGCGGCCGGCGGCGGGGCAGCGCCGCGGCGCCCGCGCAGGCACUUGGGCGGGCGAAGCGCACGCCUAGCACUGCGGCCGCCGCUCGCCGCGACGCCGUCGGCUCCAAUUGGCUCUACGCUGCCCGCGAGGUGCCGGUCGAGAAAACGUCCUGCGGCAUCAGCAAAGAGAACGCGUCCGAGGCGCGGCGAAGGCGCUGCACGGGCGGUAUCGUGACCGCCGUUCUCCAGUGCGGCUAUCUGGCCGACUGGCAGGAAUUGUGGCGAGGGGAAGGCAUCGAGGUGAUGUACUUGUUCUUCCUCCGGCUGUUCAAGGAUCUUUCAGAGCUGAAGGCGGCGCUCCAAGUCAUAGGAUACGACAACGCGUGCCAGUUGCCCGCUUUCGCCAGGGCGAAGAGAGAGCUUCAGAAGCCGUGGUCCCAGGAGUUCGUGGAUAAGGUGAAGAUGAUCUUGGACGGCUUCCACAAGGGCAACCAUGCGUGGUGCCUGAGCAAUCUACCAGAGGUGGAUCCCGACUCUGAGGAUAAUGCAGUGCUCAUGGCGGGCAAGAACACGCAGGCUUGCGAGCAAUUGAAUUCCUGGAUCAACGAGCGCACUGCGCCUGGGCGGGAGAUGACUCCAGGCCACUUCGGCGUGUACUGGUGGGCUUUGUUCACGGAGCACAACGAGUGGCUGGUCCAUCAGGCGGAGUGCAACCGCAGGAGGUACGCCUGCGGCAACAUGAAGCACGACCCGGCAGUGGGUGACUGCGCUGGCGAUGAGAGGCUUGAACGGGGAUGCCUUUCGAGCGAAGUCGAGAGGAAGAGCAAGGAGAAGACGUCGCUCCAGCUGGACAACCCACUGCGCAACUGGCCGGCAACCACGGAGCAGCCGCACGGGACGGCCACGGGAGCGCCGCGAAGCAGUCUGCAGGAGAGCCGCACGGGGCAGCCCCGCGCUCGGCACCACCGCGUCACGGCCCGCGCGGUCUCCGCCUCCGGGGCCGCGCUCCGAAGCAUCCCGUCGAAGCUGCCCCCCCUUUGCCUGCGCUGGGUGCCCCCCGUGUGCCCCCCACGGCGCGACACCGCCGAGCCGACGCCGACGCCGAAGCGAUCUCCCGACCUGUUCGUGCCCGUCAGUCUCCGACGGGAGGGCAGGCAGGCCCUGGAGGAGCAGGGCCCCGGCGCUGCGGACCCCGCCCAGCUCGCGCAGAGCGCCCUGGGCGCCGCGCUGGCCCUGGCGCAGCAGCGGGGCGAGCACGCGGCCGUGGCCGAGGAGCUCCGCGCCCUGGGCGGCGCCCUGCCGCCCGGCGCCGGCGAGAAGGCGGACCAGGGACGGGGAGUCGAAGCCGAGCUGGCUGCGCCUUCGCGCCUAGCUGCGGUCAAGGAAGAGCUGCCCGCGGCCGCGGCCACGCCGAGCACCGCCUCGGCACUGCCGGCGUCGAGUGCCGCGGCGGCGGUGGAGCAAGGCUUUGUGGAGAGCGUGGUGCCUGGCCUGAGCGUGCAGAUGCUGCUAGGCAUGGCCAAUCAGGAGUUGUGGCAACACGCGUGGAACGUGACGUGGCAGAAGCAGGACUCCCUGGGCCUGUCCACGGACCAGGCGCAGGUCUACGCGCAGGCACAGAAGGUGUGGAAGCAGUGGCUGGCCGAGCGGGAGCGCCUCGGCAGGGAGCAGGCCGCCGCGGAGGGCCGCAGGAAGGCCGAGGAGACGAUUUUGCGCAACGCCAAAGCCGAGCAGGCGGCCAAGGAGGAGACGACGCUCGAGCAGGAGGCCGCGGAGAAAGAGGUGGCCGGCAGGCGGUUCGGCUCCGCGGUGUCCGCCGCGGUGCGGGCCGUGGCCGAGGAGAGCGGCUGCCCCUCGAGCAGCGCACCCUGGUCGGCACGCCGCCGCCUCCGGCGCAGGGCGCCCGGGACGCCGGCCUCACGGAGGAGCAGCUGCAGGCCCAGGACGACCAGUGGCAGAAGGAUGACGUGGCGCGGAAGGACCUUUGGACUGGGCGAAGCUGACCGCCGACGUGGAGAAACGGCGCCGAGCAAAGGACAGGGAAACGCCCCGGUCGGGGCGCGACCUGUGCGCCCUGGUGAAGCAGCGGUGCCCCGACAUGCCCUUGCAGUUCGAGCGGCUGUUGGCCGUGUGCCCAAAGGGCACCACCGUCCGGCAGCUCGUGCAGGCCAUGGCCAAGGAGCCGCAGGAGUUCCGCCAGAGCUGGGACGGCAGCGAGUACUGCGUGCGCCCCGUGAACUCCCGGUGCGUCGACUGGCUGCCAGUGCAGGCGACCACCUCGCCGCCGGGCUUCCGGGAGGACGCCUCCCUGCCCGAGGACCGCUCGGGGCCGGAGGUGCCGGGAGAGGCUGA